GGCGCUGCCAUGGGUCGUCCGUCCCGCCGCGGAGCGGAGCCCACCGAGGGGAGCGCGCAGCCUCGUCUGCCCCGCGCUCGGGGCUCUGGGGGCCGAGGCCUAUGAACCUCCCAGUUAGCUCGCUCACGCUCACCCUCUCCACUCUCCACUCUCCACUCUCCACUCGCUGGAUUUGACCUUGAGAUCUGACCCCACACCUGUCUGCUACUGAGGGCAAGUCCGCCUCCCCUCCCAGCCGGCAAGAUGCCCAUCCUCAAGCAGCUGGUGUCCAGCUCGGUGCACUCCAAGCGCCGCUCCCGUGUGGACCUCACAGCUGAGAUGAUCAGUGCCCCGCUGGGUGACUUCCGUCACACUAUGCACGUGGGCCGGGCUGGGGAUGCUUUUGGGGACACCUCCUUCCUCAACAGCAAGGCAGGUGAGCCGGACAGAGAGUCCCUGGAUGAACAGGCUUCCUCCUCAUCUUCCAAACGCAGCCUCCUGUCUCGGAAGUUCCGGGGUAGCAAGCGGUCACAGUCUGUGACCCGGGGGGACCGGGAGCAGAGAGACAUGCUGGGCUCCCUGCGGGACUCAGCACUCUUUGUCAAGAACGCCAUGUCCCUGCCCCAGCUCAAUGAGAAGGAGACCGCGGAGAAGGGCUCCAGCAAACUGCCCAAGAGCCUGUCUUCCAGCCCUGUGAAGAAGACGGAUGCUGGGGACGAAGCAGAAGCAGGGGAGGCAGGUCCCCGUCGAAAUGGGGCCACGGGCCCCCACUCUCCCGAUCCCCUCCUUGACGAACAGGCCUUUGGGGACCUGACCGAUCUGCCCGUUGUGCCCAAGACCAGCUACGGGCUGAAGCAUGCGGAGUCCAUCAUGUCCUUCCACAUCGACCUGGGGCCUUCCAUGCUGGGUGACGUCCUCAGCGUCAUGGACAAGGAUGAGUGGGACCCCGAGGAAGACGGUGGUGGUUACCGGGACGAAGAAGGCCCCAGCAGCGGGUCCCAGGCUCCCUCUUCAUUGGAGGCGGCCCCUGCUCUAGGGAGACCAGAAGGCAAAGCCAGCCAAGAGCUGCCCUCAUUGGCCCCCCAUGCUCUGGAGGACGAGGGGUGGGCUGCAGCAGCCCCCAGCCCCAGCUCAGCCCGCAGUGUGGGCAGCCACACCACACGGGACAGCAGCUCCCUGUCCAGCUGCACCUCGGGCGUCCUGGAGGAGCGCAGCCCAGCCUUCCGGGGCCUGGACAGGGCCCGGGCUGCUCCCCCCAGGCAACCUGACAAGGAAUUCUCCUUCAUGGACGAGGAGGAAGAGGAUGAGAUCCGUGUGUGAGGCCAGCAGAAAGUCGCUGCCAGAAGCUCGUGCAGCAUCUUUUCUCUACCCCCGACCCCAGUGCGACCCUUGACCUUACCGUUCAGGGGCAGCCAAACGCCCACAUCUGCCAUAGACCCUGGACCUCGCCAAUAAGGGGCACCGGCUGAGCCCAAGAGCCCUUGGAAGGCUUGGGGAGGUGGCCUUAGUGCCCACUGGUUGCCUGACUUUGUGGAGCACCCUUUUGCUCCGGCCUGGCCUCAAAUGGAUUCCAGAUGUCAAUCUGAGUUCCUGCUUCGUGCAGCAAUCGCAGGACAGCCAGAAGCAGCCCCUGCACGGACACUUGGCUCCUUUUUUCUCCCAGCCUCUGUGGUGCCCCACCAGGAAGAUGUGGGCAACAGGAGGCCAGGGUGACCACAGGGCUCAGCCCCUCUCUCCCUGACCUUUGGCUCCUCACCGGAAGCCUGGUGCCUCUGGGGGUUCAUCUGGAUCAGGGGGCAGUCAUGACCUGUACACUAAACUUAGCCCUGUCCAGGGGCCAGGACAGGAUGGAGGAUGGAAGGUGUCUUGGAUUUUCAUCCGAGUAGAGUGGUUAAUCCACUAGAAGGAGAAUGGAAAUCUUUAUACCAAGUCUGCUUGGAAAUGCGUAGUAACUGUUAGCGAACUCAAGUCUUGGGGGUGUCCUGAACUGUGCGGGAUGGGUAUCCACGGUUUUGGGCCCCCACCCUCUCAUAGCUAUCAACAGCUGAAGGACGCCUGUGUAGAAAAAUUCUGGACAAUGAUUGUUAAAAAUGAUAGAUCAUUCCUAGGGAGCACGGGGAGCUGUCUUUUUAACUGGAUACUUCUCUCCCCGCCCCCCACCCUGUGAAAGACCUUCCCUUUCCUUUCUCAGCCACUCCCCACUGCUGGGCCCAGGGCCCCAGGGGAGGGUUGCCAGAUUUAGCAAAAUCUAACAAACAGCAAAAACAACAACAAAAAACCCCAGAAGACUGAGUUAAAUAUGAAUUUCAGGUUAACAAAAGACUUUUGUUUGUUUGUUUGAGACAGGGUCUCCCUCCUUAACCCAUAGUAGGUCUAGAACUCCAGAUCCCUCUGCCUCAGUCCUCCCUAGUGUGGGAUUACAGGCAUGCACCACUACACCCACUCUGUUGGCUUAUUAUGUGGAACAUUCUCAUGCUAAAAAGUUGUUUGUUGUUUUUCUGAAAUUCAAGUUUUGCUCAGCUCCUGAAAUUCUAUCCAGAGCACUGAGUAAGAACUGGCAUAUGAGCCCCAGGGGUGACAGCUGAUUAUUUUUCUGUCCUGGGAACUGGCUGACCCAUCUCCUGGUCUAGUGUAGCCUGAGAGAGGCUGGGGAGAAGGAACGAAGUACAACACAGGGCCAGCCAGCUGAUGGAGGUGGCCUGGCUGGCUCUGCCUCCCUCAUCCUGCCCGGACCUAUGCUGACCCUAACUGAGACACUAACCUGGUUUUUGACUAGGCGCCCAGGUGCUUCUGUGACUUGACUGGUAGCUAGCUCCCGGCCCUUGAAACCUACCCAGGUCAGUCCCAGGCUCUAAGCUUUGUAUUUUUUCCACGAUAUUGAUAAAGCAACAAGGAAACAUUAAAAAGCCCGCUAGCACACCUGAUACCUGCCUUUGCUUUUUGGGGUAACUCAUUUCAGAAUGAGGGGAUGGUCAGAGAGGGGCUGCUGGGGCUGCCUAUGGUCUUGGGGCUAAGAGCUUCUCUCCUCCCCCUCCUACACGGCCCUCAAGCCUCUUGGGUGGACGAGACCUCUGCCAGGGCAGGCCCUUGAGGCUCUGGGACUCUGGUGGCCCCACUGCUACUGAUUGGUUGGGGGCUCUUGGUCCCGGAGCCGCAUUGAGCCUCAUUUUCCCCCUCUGGAAGGUGGGAGCCCUGUCGAUCUUGCAGAGUUGGA